UAUCGAUAGCUAGCGACAGAAAAGAGCAAGGGCUCGCACGCCAUGGCAGUUCUGCUGGAUCUGCUGGCGCUUCGCUCCUCGCCGCUGCGUCGGUGGCACUGGGCAUCCACGCAAGGAGGAGUGCCACCCGCUGUAACCUGGUUCCGCGCGGGCGUGCUGGGAAGCAUGGAGGAGAGGCUCGCCGGGGAAGGGAAGGGGCGGCGCUGUCGACCGCCGGCCGUUCCCUGGCUCCGCGGCGUCGUGCUGGGGAAGCGUGGAGGAACAAGCUCGCCGGGGAAGGGAAGGAGCGGCGCUGCCGACCGAGCCGCCGCCGCCGCCGCGCGUGGGCCUGUGCGGGACAAACAGAGGAGUUGAAGACACCGCGCCCGGGAGUGCGGGCCGGGCCGAGAAAACAGCCCCCAAGCCCACCUUGUGCCCAAAGCCCGGUACGGCGACUGUGUCAGGUAAUUUCGCCUUCAAAUACCCCCGCCUUGGCGCCCGAGCGUAACCGCCCGAACCAACAGCCUUCUCCCCUUCGCCGGAGCUCCAAGAAACCAAGACCCCGCUCUCCACCGCGCAGCGCCCACCUCCACUGCUCCCCAGCGGCCCGGCGCCGGCGGCCACCGAUGGAACGGUUCAACGACGAGCAGUACGUGCGGCUGCGGAACCGCAAGCUCGGCAAGUACUACCUCCACGCCGACGACGACGGGGUGGGCGUCUCCAUCAGCCAGCGCCGCAACUCGCUGAACGUGGCGUGGAGGGUGCACAUCUACCACGCCGCCGACGGCCCGUACCUGCUCCUCCACAGCGCCGCCUACGGCCGCUACCUCGCCGCCACGGCCACGCCGGCGACGGCCUUGUACCACGGCUUCCGCGCCGAGCUGCGCGACUACGACCAUCCGGUGGUGCCGGAUAUCAUGUGGCUGGACAUCAGGGCGGGGCUGGGGCGUGGCGUGCUGCUCCAAAACACCGGCGACCGCUACCUCCGCGCCAACGACAAGUACCUCCGCUGGAACUCCGGCGUCACCGUCGAGAACAGAGAUAUUGAGAAUGGGAAGGUCAGCUCCAUGAUGCGCUGGAUCGUUGAGCCCAUCGCCCUCACAGAGCGCGCGCCUCGCAUUCCAGACCCGAUUCAGGAGAGUUCGCCAUGACCCGCUGUCCCGCUUCUUGAUAACUCGCGAAUUGCUUCCGUCUGAGGUCUGAGCCUAUCGAUUGAGCGAAUCGGGUUCUUGGGCGUCGUUAAUUUGCAUCGCAGCUCUACUGCAGGGAUUGCGACUUGUGUUGAUUUCAUUUUCUCGUGCACAAUUUCUGGUUCUGCUGUUGACAAAUUUGCGCUUCCUGACUUCUUGCGCCGUCGAGAUUCCUGAUCGCGUUUGUGUUUUCGAUCAGAAAAUUUGAUCUCCUGAAGAUAACCAUGGUUCUUGGUAACUCAACUGCAGGCCCGCCUCCCUGAAGACCUCUCCGUCGUCGUGUUAGGGCGCCAGCCAGGGGCGUGGCGGGGGAUUCGGUUCGUGCAAACGAGCAACGAGGGGCUCUACAACGAGGCCGGGCAAGGCUGGGCCAGAGACCAUAUCAGGGGGAGGUCCUUGUACUACCUGAGGGACAAGCUGGCUAGACGGGUCAACCAGCAGCCCGACCGCAUCGCCAUGUGCAUCCGAGCGGGCCGCUACGGGAGGCUGACCCACUCGUCGUCGACCUGCCCCGCAGUGGCUGGGGCGACAUCUACCAGAUCGUCGUCAUCAUCUCCGGGACCCCUGCCUAUGCUGCGCUGCGAUACCCGAAUGUCGGCGGAGCGUAGAGAAGGAUCAGAGCCGGAGUCCUGACAGUUCACCUCUUCAGAAGUUUCGCCGUCUCGGACACAACAAUGGCAUAACUGAAAGCCUGCUUUAGCAUAUAGAUAGAUAUAGGUUGAGAAAACUCAUCAGCUCUUGUGUUUCUUCUGCUAGCUAAACUGAUGCUGGUUGUAGUAGUGGUUGCAGUGUCACACUUCUGACAUUCAUUUCUGUGAUGUGGUUGCUACUGCUUCCUGGAUGAAGCAUUUCACUGUGGGGUUCUUGCAGUGAAUCGAUGAUCCUGCAAUCCUUUUGGAUGAUGGAUGCACUUUGCAUAAAUGGAAAAUGCUGUGGUUGUUGCCAGUAA